CGCUCCCAUUGGCCCGCCGGCCCGUCAGUCUGGCGGAAGGGGCGUGUCCACAAUCACGACUCGUCUUCCGUCGAAGAAGCGAAAGAAAGAAAGCGAGAAAAAAGAAGGAAAGAAAGAGAAAGAAGAAGGCCAGCAAAUGUGUUCGCUGCCCGACGGCAAGAAGCUGGUCCGCAGCGCCAGCGGCCUCCGCAUGGUGGCCGAGAACGGAGCCUUCGACAGCCCCUUCUGCCUGGAGGAGCCCCGAUGGGUGCCCGACAAAGACUGUCCCCGAUGCAUGCAGUGCGACAGCAAGUUCGACUUCAUCAGGCGCAAGCACCACUGCCGGCGCUGCGGCCGCUGCUUCUGCGACAAGUGCUGCGGCGAGAAGGUGGCGCUGCCGCGCAUGAGCUUCGUGGACCCGGUGAGGCAGUGCGCCCGCUGCGCCCCCGCGUCGCACAAGGAGAGCGACUUCUACGACAAGCAGAUCAAAGUGCUGCUGGCGGGAAGUAGCUUUGCGGUCACCGUGGGAGCGUCGGACAAGUGUGAAGCCAUGACCUGCCGCCUCUCCAACAACCACAGGUACCUGUUCCUGGACGGCGAAAGCCACUUUGAGGUGGACCUGUCCGCCAUCUGCAGCGUGCAGAUCCUGACCGACGCCGGCGGUCCGGGAGGCACGUCUCCGCGCGCCAGCGGCAUGACGGUCCACUACAAGCCUUCGGGCUCGCAGGACGUGCGGCGGCUGCGCUUAGACGGCGCCGGCGACCGGCAGACGACGUCGGCGUGGCUGGCGGCCAUGCACAAGGCCGCCAAGCUCCUGCACGAAUCUCGGGAGCUGGACUGAGUCCGGGAGGAGCCGACCCGCGUGGACGAUUCCGCAGAGUUCCCGCUGUCUCCCGACGCCGUUUUUGCUCCCUCUUUCUUCUUCUCAUCCCGUUUCUACCAAGAACCUUCUCGGAGCCGUUGGAGCGUUUGUUACUCCUCCUGGCGCGCUGAACUGACUCACUCGUGACAAACGAGCCUACUUGUGCCUCCGGGACGGCUUUGACCUCGCGGUCUUCGUUUAUUGUGUUUUGAUGACAUCCGGGUUUAUUUUCUUCCGAGGAGGUGAUGACGCGUACUAAAAUUCCCUUUUUCUAGCUAACCCUUUUUUAAUCUUUUUUUUUUGUUGUUGUUCUUGUAUGAAGAACCUAACGACCCCCCCCCCCCCCCCGAAAUGGGAGCCGACGAAUGAAGGCCGACUUGUCUUCAUCUCGUUUUGCUGACGAAAGUUCUUGUUGAGCUUUCAACGCUGCUGCCAAAGAUGAUUUGUGGAUGCUCGACACCCCAAAAGUCCCAACGGCCCCACAAAAAUAAGAUUUAUACGCCGGUGCCUUGUUGGAAAUCAAAAAUAUUUUGCUUGCGACUCCUUCAUGGCAGCGUUCUGUACACGUGUCAUUCUUUGGUGACGUUACUUUGAUUCAAAACUUGUAAAAAAAAUAAAAUAAAGUACACUACACUUUUUUUUUUUAUUGGA